AUGCGAAUGAAUUUCCUGGCCGAGCGGAGCGCUUUUAUGUCAGAAUUUUUGGUGCUGAUCUUUUUUUUUUAAUGGUGCUCUUGCAGGUUCGCUCCUCGCCUCAUCUCGUCUGCCGGGACUUCUUCUCCGAUGCCCACCUCAGCUCAAUCCGAGCCAAAACAGCCAGACACACCCAGACCUAAGUAAUGUUGGGUGUGUCUGGGGAGACAAUUGGUAGAAUCGCUCAAUUGUUUCCCCUGCAAUAAAUCAUUUAAAAAUCAAACCUGUUUUAGUGUUUAUUAGAAGAAAAACGUCUAAAAGUUCGCAGACAUAUGAAUCGAAUCAACACCGAGUCGAUAGUCCGAUCGGUCUGUAACUUGGACCCAAUAUACAGGGGAAAAGUAUGGUAACAUGCUGAAAUCUGUGUAAAUGCUGAAUCUCCGAGUUGAGCAUGUCUAUGUUAUGCAUGUUUUGUAAAACGUGCGGGAUAAUCCUAAUCUCUUUCUCGCUAUUCUCACGUUUGUACUUUACUGUCAGGUUUUUGGAUACGGCGGCCGACGCAGGUAUUCCGAACGGCCCAAGCGCUUGUUUUCUGAUCACCUACGAUGCAAACGUGCAUUUCUGUCCGUUCUCCAGAAAAUACAUAAAAAUGGGAGAGGGGUGUUCCGUUUUUCUUCCAUUUUUUAUCGCUGAUCGGAAUAAUAAAAAGAUCAGCACCAAAAAUUCGGAAAUAAAAGCGCUCCGCUCGGCCAGGAAAUUCAUUCGCAUCCAGCCAGUCUUCCGGAUUCGACUCUCUUCUCUCCAGGACAAAUCCGAACCAUCAUGUUGUAUGUUAUUUUCAAGCGUUCAGCAUUAGAGAAAAUGCAAAAAGUUCCAUCACGAGAAAACCAUUCAUCCCUAAUAUUCAAAUUCUGAAAUGUUGCUCUUGCAGGUUCGCUCCUCGCCUCAUCUCGUCUGCCGGGACUUCUUCUCCGAUGCCAACCAUAGCUCAAUCCGAGCCAAAGCAGCCAGACACACCCAGACCUAA